AUGCAGUCAGUCACCGUUCUGCCCCACGUUAUCCAGAGCACCGAUCGUCCUUCAGAGCAUCGAUCCGAGCACCGUAGUGAACCCGCACGAGAAGAUGCACGCCAGGGACGUGGGGAAAGUGGCCCGAGGGGAGCAGGCGCCGAGGCCGCCGCACGAGCCCGGCAGCGUAGCCGACUCGCCGCCGCCGCCUACGUCGAGCUGCGCACUGCGCCCUGCGACUUCCGGUUCCCGACCCAGAACCAGACGCGCCACUGCUGCGUGCGCUACCUCGAGUACCACCGGUGCAUGAAGGUCAAGGAGGGUGACACGUCGGAGUGCGGCAAGUUCCAGCGCUACUACAGAUCUCUCUGCCCCACGGAUUGGGUUGUGGAGUGGAACGGGAAUCUAAUCUGCUGUAUCAUCUUAGGGAGCGAGUGACGACAUGUCAUUUCGAUGUACCAGUAGUUACAUAAGCACAGAGACAGCGGUCUGAAUCUAUGUUGUUGGCCCCUCUCCUUAAAAUGCUUCCAGCUGGUAGUGUUUGCCAUCUCAAGUUGAUUCUUCACAAAUACAUUUUCCAGCUCCAA